CAGCUCCCACCGCCCCUCAUUGGGCCAAGAAGGACGCGGCCGCACUCCAUCCACGUCGUCAGCUAUCCCGCCGGCUACGUGCCACGAGAGCUUCGCGCCAGAACCAGAACCUCGCCUGGCUCUUCCAGGACCCGUAUCAGCAGCAAUAGCGGCAGUCCCGCCCCAGGAACUCCGCGGUCCUCGUCGAGAUUCUCGGCCUUGGCCCACCCCAGCCGGCCGCCCGAGUUGCCUGUACGCCUGGCAUUGACACGAUUGUUCCAGUCGCUGGCAAGCAACUCUUUAUCUUCUGUCGACAUCCCGGAGCACAACGCAUUCCCCGUUGGUGUCCAGACUCUCCCGACGACCGAGUAUAUUCGCCCCGAGUCCAGAUCCUCUCGCCAUAGCAGCCGCGCAGAUCACUCUCGCAGCCACCACUCACACCACUCUCGCGAGCCAACUUCAUCGUCGUCCCGCAGGAAUCCCAGAGGCGUGGUGCCCAUGAGCACCUAUCAGUUGGGCCAUCACAACAGCUUCUCCUCCAUCCGCAGCUCAAAAUCAAGCAUCAACGCCAUCGUUACUGAAGUCACAAAGCCCGUCGCCACGGGCAGCGGAGUUGCUUGCUCCAUCCUCCUCGCCGAGCCCAACCUAUUUCUCUCGGGCUUCGACCACAAUGGCCAUGAGCGCCGGGAAUCCCGCGCCGGCACCGCUCUCCUCAGAGGCCGCAUGCAGCUCACCAUUAGCAAAAACGUCAAGAUCAAGGCCGUCCAGCUGAAGCUGGUUGGUCGCGCGCGCACAGAAUGGCCCGAGGGAAUUCCACCAUUAAAACAAGACUUGUACGAGGAAGAAAGCCUACGGACGCAAGUCCUUACCUUUUUCAAUGCCCUAAACGACGGAUGGGAGACCGAGUAUGGCAACCAGUGCACUUACAAGCUCAAGGGUGGCUCUGCAAACUCGAGCAGCACUGGCUUGAACAGCUCGCCCAGCAUCUCUCCAUCUGCGUCAAUGCGAAACAACUUGACUGCCAAGGAACUGAAGCGUCUCUCUCUUCAAAAUGUCCAGUCCCGGAGUUUUGGAAAGGGCGACAGCGGAGUCGUCACUCCCACUCAGGCCAAGGGAUUCAAGGUCUUCUACCCUGGCGUCUACGACUAUUCUUUUGAGCUUCCCAUCGACCACCACCAGCUCGAGACGACCAAGCUGCAGUAUGCCUCGGUCAAGUGGGAGCUCCACGCCACCGUUGAUCGUGCCGGUGCUUUCAAGCCCAACCUCCACGGUGUCAAAGAAGUCCCAAUCAUCCGGUUACCGGAUCAGAUGUCGCUGGAAAUGUCCGAGCCCAUUUCUAUCAGCCGUCAAUGGGAGGACCAGCUCCACUACGACAUCAUGGUCUCCGGAAAGAGCUUCCCCAUUGGAGCCAAGAUCCCCAUCGCCUUUAAGCUCACGCCUUUGGCCAAGGUCCAAGUCCACAAGCUCAAGGUUUACAUCACCGAGUCUGUCGAGUACUGGACCAGCGAUAAGCGCGUGACGAGGAAAGACCCGGGCCGAAAGAUUCUGCUUCUUGAGAAGACGGCAGGAAAAGAGCUCGACCCCUCUUGGGCCGACUCCGAAGUCAUCACUGUUCGCGGUGGCGAACUCAAUGAAGAGCAGCGCCGAGUCGCUCGGGAUACCGCCUCAAGAAGACGAGCUCACGAUGCUGCCAGGAGGCAUCAAGCCCCAGAGCCACUGCCUGCGCCUGUGGAUAACCUCCUCGGCGACUUGGAUCUGGGCCUUGAGAACAUGUGGGGUUCCACUGAGAUUGAGGCGAGCGUGCAGAUUCCCACGUGUGAGAUGAUGGCCAAGAACAAGGCUCUUCGACUACAUCCUGACUGCAGCUGGAAGAAUGUUAAUGUCUUCCACUGGAUCAAGGUCGUUAUGCGAAUUAGCCGCCUAGAUGCCGAAGAUCCUUCAGGAACUAAGCGUCGUCAUUUUGAAAUCAGCAUCGACUCUCCUCUCACCAUCCUCAACUGCCGGGCCACCAAGGCCAACACGUAUCUGCCCGCCUAUUCUGGCGAGAUGAACCGACCCUCUCCCUAUCAAUCAGCUUGCGGCUGCCCCGACUCGGCGACAAUUGCCAUGGAAACAUCCCCGAGCUCUUCGACAGGAACUCUUCCGGAACCCGAGAGACUGGCAGACAGCAUGCCCGCUCCGCCUCAAGCCGUCCACUUACAAUCAGGGGCUCCGGCCGCCACGGGUCGACAAAGCCCAGCAGCUUGGUCAUCAGCUGAGAGACCCGGCCGGCCUAUCCAUUUGCUACGAGCACCCAGCUUCAAUCCACCCGCCUUUGAAGACGAUACCGCACCGCCUCCUGCAAGCACCGUCGUCUAUGACCAUGCCGAUAUCCCUCAGAUCAUGACACCGCCUCCUCAGUACGACGCCAUUGUCGGCACACCCAGUACCGUUGAUGGUCUCGCCGAUUACUUUACUCGACUAGCUGAGUAUGGCCUUGACGAUCAUGAGGGUUCAGGAUCGGAUGGUGAUGAGUCGCCUCCUAGAAUCCUAGACCGAAGCGGCCGUGUCAACGUGGCUCACCCACGAACUCCUGGUGGCAGAAGGAUGCCUAGUCGAAGCAUGGAAAUCCAGCGGCCACCUAUGGACCUGAACAUUAGUGCCUUGCUCCAGCGAUCUACCUAUGUUCGAGAUGAGGUCCAGUCACAGGCGCAAGCGCAACAAGUAUAAUUUUUUUUUAAAGAUUUUAAUUCGAUUUAUUUACAUAUUCUAUCAUUUCCAGCCACCCUCAAACGGCAGAGCAUAUUAUCAGUUUCUCAACGCGUUUGGGUACUUAUCAUAGAUGGGGGCCAUGGUAUUCGAGAGAACAAUCUCUCUUAUUCACUCAUAUUUUGACAAAAAAAUAUUAUGAAAGAUGUUUACCCGCAUCUCAACAAGAGGGGUUUUUAUGGCGACGGAUGAAGGCGUUUUGUAUAUGGAUAGGAUGAAAACAAAAACGAGGACCAUGUCUACGAGAUGAAAUGAUGGGAAAUGAUAUUAUUAUAUACAUACUUGACAGACAUACCCUGGGCUUGGAUAGUUUUUGACUAUGGGGUUUUUUGGAGAGUGGAUUUUGUUUAUGGGAUUAUUUUUAGAUGAUACUUAUUAGCUUUUAGUGUGUUUUUAGUAAUGAUGCGUGAUUGAGCGCUUUAUCUUGUCUA